CCUCGGGCGUUUGAGAGCCGCUGUUUAGGGCUAAACUACGGGUUUAAUUUCCGUCCGCUCCCCGCAAAGACGGCUUUACCAGCAGCAGCGGCAGGACGAGAAGCGAGAGCCGAGAGCGAGGCUGUGCUGCAAGCCCCCACCCCAGUACCCCACCCCCACCACCGCCCUCCUCCCUUGGCUUCCAAGCUACGCUUCGGCUGCGAGAGGAGCCCGCGACCGUGGCCUGCUGCUGGUGUGCUGCGGGGUGCAGUGGAGAGGAGACAACAUGAGGCACUGGUUUUGUUGCAAUUGCCGGUUCGGUGGGGAGGAGGAUGACCAUGACAUGGAGCAUUCCAAAGCUAAGGGCAAUAAGAUGGACGCCAAGCAAAAGUCUUCAAGACCUGCUGAUCAACCCGAGAUAGAUUUUUUCCCUCCUACAAUUGAUGUCCCUGAAUUGUCGUUCGAGGACUUAAAACAAAAGACCGACAAUUUUGGAUCGAAUUCUCUGAUUGGUGAAGGUUCAUAUGGACGAGUAUAUCAUGCCACUAUGGAUGAUGGGAGACAAGCGGCAAUCAAGAAAUUUGAUGCAUCAGAAAAUGAGCCUAACGAUGAAUUCUUGAAACAGGUCUCGCUUGUAUCGAAGCUAAAUCAUGAAAAUCUUGUUGAGAUGUUGGGCUACUAUGUGGAGGGCAACUAUCGUAUAUUGGCAUAUGAAUUUGCAACGAUGGGUUCUCUUCAUGAUGUUCUGCACGGGAGAAAAGGAGUUCAAGGGGCGCAGCCUGGACCUGUGCUUGACUGGAUGCAGAGGGUCAAAAUUGCUAUCGAGGCGGCAAAAGGUGUGGAGUAUCUGCAUGAGAAGGUUCAUCCUUCAAUUAUCCAUCGGGACAUCAGAUCAAGCAAUGUACUUCUGUUUGAGGACUUCAAGGCGAAAAUUGCAGACUUCAAUCUCUUAAAUCAGGCUCCAGAUAUGGCAGCACGUCUACAUUCAACUCGUGUAUUAGGAACAUUUGGAUAUCAUGCUCCAGAAUAUGCUAUGACUGGCCAGUUGACACAGAAGAGUGAUGUCUACAGCUUUGGCGUGGUUCUUCUGGAACUGCUGACUGGAAGGAAACCAGUAGAUCACACAAUGCCUCGGGGACAACAAAGUUUAGUCACUUGGGCUACUCCAAGAUUGAGCGAAGACAAGGUCAAACAAUGUAUAGAUCCUAGGCUGAAGGGAGAAUAUCCUCCAAAGGGUGUUGCUAAGCUUGCUGCAGUGGCAGCUCUAUGCGUGCAGUAUGAAGCAGAGUUCAGGCCCAACAUGAGCAUCGUUGUCAAGGCACUCUCUCCUCUGCUACAACAAAGACCAGUGGUGCCAGCUGCCUCAGAGCCGGUCCCGGCAACCGAGACUUGAGAUGUUUGAUCAUGGGACCUCCCAGCACAUACCAGCUCGCAAUCAGCUCAACCUGUGUGAUUGAGAGCGGUCCAGAUGUUUAUCUACUGGGAUUAUUCUGAAUCGGAUACAGAAUGCAUGAACUCCCCUCUGCCAACUUGUUACCAGCCUAGAUUUUUGCUGCUUGAGAUUUUUGCUGUAUAUCGGUCUAUUGUAGGUUCAGGAUUGUUUCUUCCCUCUUUUUUACAAACUGCCCAUCAGAGGUGCCGGAAACUUUGACAUCGUUUGGAAUUAGAUGCAACAUGCUCUGAACUUCCAUCUGGUGCUCGGCGAGGUUACUCGUGGUGUCUCUGAGAUCUUAAGAAUGUCCUGGUGUUGUUAUCGGCACUGGGCUAUCUAAAACCUGAACAUGUUGAGCCCAUUGCUCUCGCCAUGUACUUAAUUUCAGGACAGGGUAGAACUCAAUGCCAUAUUUC